ACCACAAUGGGUGAUUACGAAGAGGACACAGCUUUUCUGGGCCAAAAAGGCCCUUUCUUCAUGAUCAUCUUCCUGCUUCUGAACGCCAUCUACAUCUCAACCGGCUUCCAUAGCUUCUACAUUGUGUUUGCUGGCGCCUCCCCUUCACACUACUGCCAGGUCCCAGAAGGGAAUCUGAGUGAGGAAUGGAUCAAGGCCAGCAUUCCCGUUGAGGCAGUGAAUGGAAAGCUGGAACCGAGCAAGUGCUGGAGAUAUGAUUUGGACACAAUUCGACAUUUCGCUGCGGAAGGGUACAACUUUGGUGACGUAAAUUUCACAGAUGUCGCCAAGGAACGGUGUGUGGAAGGAUGGAAAUACAGUACAGAAAUCUACCACUCUACGAUUGUCUCUGAGUGGGACUUGGUGUGUGAAAGACAGUGGAGAGUUCCAUUUGCCUCCUCAACGUUGUACAUGGGCUACUUGUUGGGAUCCCUCGUCUCAGGCCAGCUUUCUGACAGGUUUGGAAGAAAGAAGGUUCUUUUCGCAUCUCUCGCUUUUGAGUCUCUCAUCAUCUUUGUGCAGUCAUUCUCUCAGUCCUGGCUGGUUUUCUGUAUCCUGUAUUUCUUUGUGGGAGCCUUCCAGGUGUCCCUGUAUAUCACAGCUUUUGUUCUUGGCACUGAGGUGCUAAGUACUUCCCUGCGAGUUCUUUUCACCACCUUGGGUGCCUUUCUACACUACUGCGUUGGGUACAUGGUGUUACCAUGGAUUGCCUUCGCAAUCAGAGACUGGCGAACUCUGCUCAGGGUCCUAUCUGGGCUAACACUGGUGUACAUCCCAUUCUGGUGGUUCAUUCCAGAGUCUCCUCGAUGGCUGAUCUCUCAGGGGAGAGUAGAAGAAGCUGAGGCCAUAGUGAAAGACGCCGCUAAGAAAAACAAAGUCACACCUCCUGACAUCAUCUUCAAAGAGUCUGAGGCCAACAUGGUGAUAUCACACAUGAAAAAGUACAGCAUGAUCGACGUUGUAAAGUCCAGUAAUAUCCGCUGUACUACUUUCAUGUGUUUACUGUUAUGGAUGGCCAUCAAUAUUGGAUAUUUUGGAUUGUCCUUGAACACGUCCAAUCUCCUUGGCAAUCCAUUCUUGAACUGCUUUUUAUCAGCUGUUACUGAAGUGCCUGCUUAUAUCGUUGCCACCUUACUCUUGAAGAGCUGUCCACGAAGACCGCUUCUCUCAGCAUUCCUCAGUAUAGGUGGAGGAUUCCUUCUCUUGAUCCAGCUGAUCCCUGAAAGUCUUCAUACACUGGCACUGGCCUUAGAAAUGGCUGGCAAGUUUGGCUUCACCAUGGCCUUCACUGUGGUGUACAUUUACACAGCAGAGGUUUACCCCACUGUGGUUAGAAACCUGGGAAUGGGAAUGUGUUCUUCUGCUGCACGUAUUGGAAGCAUCACUGCGCCCUACAUCAUAUUCUUAGGCACGUUUAGUAAGUAUCUCCCAUAUAUUCUGAUGGGAAGCCUCACCAUUGGCUCAUCCUUAGCAAACAUGUUUCUGCCCGAGACUUUUGGUAAAGUGCUGCCUGAGACCGUGGAACAGAUGCAGAAGUGCAAAGGCUGCCCCAGGGGAGAUGACCAUAUGAUGGAGGAAAACAGGAAACAGGUUGUCCUAAAGGAACAGAAACUCUGAGGACAUCACGUUGUAGAAAAGCUGCAAAGCUGAGGAUUGUGUGUAAAAUUAUACAGAUUUUGUAUAUUUAAUGUGUGAAAUUCAGAAUAAGGACAGCAGAGAAAACAUACACUAUCUGGCCAGAAGUAUGUGAACACCUAAUUACUGGGUUCAGGUGUUUUAACAGGUGUAUACAAUAAUGCCCAUAGCCGUGCAAUCUCCACAGUUUCUUCCCUGCUACAUCUGCCCUGAUCAACUGUAAGUGUUAUUGUUGUGAAAUGGAAGUGCCGAGGAACAACAACAGCUCAGCCACAAAGCAGUAGACCCCACAAACUCACAAAAUGGGGCCACAGAAUGCUGAAGCACGUAGUGCAUUAAAAUGGCCUAUCCUCUGUUGCUUCCAAACUGCCUCUGGAGGCAGCUCAACUGUGCGUCAAGAGCUUCAUGAAAUGGGUUUCCCUGGCCAAGCAGCAAUCAAUGCCAAGCGUCAGCUGGAGUGGUGUAAAGCACACU